AUGAAGUUCCAUACUCUUGUCAGCUUCCUCUCCCUAACUUUGGUGAUAGGGGCCUCGGCAGAGCAAUGCGGGAGACAAGCCGGAGGCGCGACCUGUCCAAAUGGGCAGUGUUGUAGCCAAUAUGGGUGGUGUGGCAACACGGGGGACUACUGUGGAGCUGGUUGCCAAAGCCAAUGUGGUGGCUCAACCCCCAGCCCAACCCCAAGUGGUGGUGGUGAUGUUAGCAGUAUCAUUAGCGCAUCUCUCUUCGAUCAAAUGCUCAAGUACCGAAAUGAUGGUCGGUGCGCGAGUAAUGGGUUCUAUAAGUAUGAUGCUUUCAUCGCUGCUGCCCGAACCUUUAAUGGGUUUGGCACAACUGGAGAUGUUGCUACUCGCAAGAAGGAAAUUGCCGCUUUCUUGGGUCAGACGUCACAUGAGACGACCGGAGGAUGGCCAAGUGCACCAGAUGGUCCUUUUGCAUGGGGGUAUUGCCAUAUCAGGGAACUCAACCAAGCUGUCUACUGCACUCCAUCAGCUCAAUAUCCUUGCGCUCCCGGCAGAAAAUAUUACGGUCGAGGACCAAUCCAGCUCACUCACAACUACAACUACGUUCAAGCGGGUACAGCAAUCGGAGUGGAUCUCCUACAUAAUCCGGACCUAGUGGCUACAGACCCGUUUAUAUCAUUCAGGACAUCAAUAUGGUUUUGGAUGACCCCUCAAGGAAACAAACCAUCAAGCCACGACGUUAUCAUUGGUCGUUGGAACCCGUCUAGUGCCGACAGAGCAGCGGGGCGGGUUCCCGGGUAUGGUGUGAUCACUAACAUUGUCAAUGGCGCACUUGAGUGUGGGCGUGGUCCCGACAAUAGGGUGGCGGAUCGGAUUGGAUUCUACAAGAGGUACUGUGGCAUUUUCGGAGUAAACCCUGGUGAUAACUUGGACUGUUAUAACCAAAGAUCGUUUUAG